CAUCUUCCAACAGAUAUUCACUCCCGUAUCGAUUGUGUGUGUGUCUGUGUUCUGUGGUUUGGUGGUGCUCUGAGAAGGGAAAACGUGUGGUGCGGUGGUGCAACGACACGGUGAUACCAGAUUUUUAACGCCGAUUUCCCGAUUAUUGGUUCCGAUUUCGUACAAAUCCCGCGAGUGUGGUGUACGCGAUACGCGAAAAGUCCUAAGCAAAACGAGAAAUCGAAAGUGUUCGACGACGACGACCUAGUGUGAGCAAACGGGCAGGAGUGCAGUGCAGUGUGUGUGUGAGAAUAUCUCCCAAGUCGGUAAAAAGCAAAAAAAAAUUAAAUCCAAUCCCUAUAAUGCAUGCCUAGUGUGCUCCGUCGUAAAGGCAGUUUUUUGUGCGCCAACUAACGGCAUGCUGCAAAGUAGCAGUAGUAGAAGUAGUAGUAGUGCGUCUACUACCCAACAGUGAGGAGGAGGAGGAGUGCGUGCGAAAGUGGGGUGCUGUUUUGUCGUCGUGACCGCGACCAUCAUCUCAAAGUCCAACUGCAUGAGGAAGUGAGGCUGGUGAAGGCUGCACUGGCUGAGAGAGGGAGAGGUGGGACGGACGCUCACUCUCUCGCUGGCUUGCAGCAGAAGCAAACAGGAAGUGCAGCCGCCAUCUCGGCCACAACGACGGCUGUUGCCUUCCGGGCAGAGGCAGGUGAUCUCCUUCUCGACAGGAGAAGGAUCGAUCCCCGGGCGUUUGUGUGUGUGAAGAAAAGCAAAUCAUCGACAACAAACACACGCACAUACACACAACAACACAUGCAGUAAGCCAGCUUCCGGAGUCCUUCCAGCCCUCCAAUGAGCUCUCUCCCGAUUAACUGCCAAAUGUUUUGAAGUUUCGAUCGCAAUCGGAAGCUGAAAUCGGAACCGGAAGUUUGGCCAACGAUUGAUUUGUGGCUGGUUUUUGCGAGAGUGUUUGUCACAGUCGAAAUUUUCCAACAGCCCACAUGAUGGAUUACGUCUCGCUGCUCCUGAUUCUGCGCGCCUAAAGAGCGGAAACCGCCACACGUACGUUUAUGCUGUAGUGGAGCAUAGCAGACGCCGCUAUCCGCGCGCUUUCUCUAAAAGUCAUUGGUUCGACGGUACACUACGGACCGCGUGUGUGCAUUGAACAAGACCGUGGCCAUGAUGGCAUGCUGAGAAGCUGGUUUACGGUGAUUCACUCUCGCUGCAAAAGGAUGUCUUCGACGUCGUGGAUAAUCUGGCUGAGCUAGCAGAUUAGUGGUGGUAGAUGCAGUACUAGUACACCCAUUAGCUAGCGGACACCUCAAUGCAUCAGCAAAAGGGCAGCGGAUCGCAGGAGAACAGCAGCAGCGGACGCAGACGCCGAAGAAGACGAAGGAUCACCGGGAGCCGAGAGAAGAGCGCAGCAACAGCGGAAGCGUGGCAGUAGAAAAGGAGGAGUAUCCACAAGGAAAACAGUUUGGUCGCGUGCCCCAGCCAGGAACUGGACGCGGGGUAGUGGAACAGGAUCGGGGGCAAGAUUUGAGAGGAAGGUGGCGAUGGCCCCUCAUACACAGACGGGCGGCAUAACGAUAAAGCAACCCUUCUCCCCGCACCAUCACCAGUGGCCAUGGAGCAAUAGCAGUGUGAACGGCGGCGGCAUUGUAAUACCACAGACACAGCCAACUAGCGGCACUGCCACGGCACUGAACGAUAGUAAUAGUGCUAACGGCGUUAGCGGAGGUAGUAUAAGCAUUAGUAGUAGUAGCCACGGAAUGACAGCGGCUGUCAACGGCACUGGACUGCCGGCCGCGGUGGGUGCAGGAACGUUGGAACAACAGUCAACCAACGGCGCCAGUAGUAACAGCAGCAGCAGUAGCAGCAGCAACAGCAGCAACAGCAACAUCAACGACAACACCAGCACCAGUAGCAACGGUAUCAGCGGCAGUGGCACUAGCGCCCUCGUCACAGUGAGUCCUUCGAACAAGCUGAAACGCUUGCAGCCUACUGUGGUUGGAGUAGCGGCGAGUACCACAACGACGCAGCAAGCCUUGACUCCAUCACAACCAACGCUUCAACAACCAACCACCACCGGUGUUCAGACGGAAGGAAAUGGCAAAAGCAAUAGUAGCAGCAGCAAUAGUAGUAGCGGUAACCAGAACAGCAAUAGUAGCGGAGGUACCGGAGCGAACAGCAGCAACAUCGCGGCAAAGCGUGCACGUCCCAACACACAGGAGCCCAGGACCGUGUGCAAAUCGGUCGGUACAAACACCGCGGGUACGACUGUGGCCCGCAUUGGAGCAGCAGGCGGUGGUGCUUCUGUCCCUUUGAACGGCGGUCCUCCGGCCCUGGUCGCAGUGGGUAGCACUAGCAUCACUAGCCAGUCCACCCAGUCACCGGCCAUUGGCAAUGUGACACAAAAGAAGCUAACACAGAUGGCGGCGAUCAUUGCGGCAAAUGCUGCGGCCGCCGCCACAUUAACCAACGUGAGGACGACGAGUAACAAUGGAACGGGUUCAAGCACGGCCUCGAUGGCGGUUGCUGCGGCCGCGGCCAGCGAGUUGACGAAGCCAAACAAGAUUACGGGUUACUUCAAGUCCCAGAUGAAAUCUACCAAUCCGUUCAAUACGCUCAAGCGAAACAUUAAAACCGUAGCGGGACGUGCAAUCACGAUGCAGCAGCGUAAGCAGCAGCAACAACAGCUGACGACGACGACCACGAUCGCUGCUUCCGGUGUUGCUGCCGGUGUUGGGGUAGCUGCUGGUGAAACGUUGGCGGCAGCUGCCGCCGAACUGCUUACCACCACGACAACUACCACCACAGAGCUGCGCACCUGCGGGACGGCUGUGUUGCAACAGAAAAGUAUCAUCCAAACGGCGGCGGCAUCAACCACCGCAUCUUCAGUGAGCUCCACAAAACCAGUGGUAGUAAGCAGCAGUGGGACCAGCAGCACCAGCAACACUACUAGCAGCAACAGCAGCAUUAGCGGUAACCAAACCAGCAGCGUCCCUCCGCCGGCUCCAUUGGAUGGUGCGGAUUAUGAAAAGUAUCUCAAGCUGAUCCAGCAACAUCAGAUUCAGUUUAUGAAGAGUUCCUCCGGUACCGAGCUAUCGACCGGCAACGGUGGUGGGAUAACGACGAAAGAGGAAGCGGAAGCUGUGGCCACGUUAGCUGCGGCAGCGGCUGCUGCUACAGCUGCAGCGGCUGCAGCAGCAGCAGCCACUACGUCGAACAACAUUCUUACCAGCAUCGCAACCGUUGCCAGUGGCAGCAGCAACACCAGUAGCAGCAAUGGUAAUGCGAUGAAGAAAAUUGAACGAAAGACGGCUCGCAUUGCACCGACACGCAAACUGACAAACGGUAGUGGUAGCAACACAGCCACUAAUGGGCAAGCAGGAGCAUUCUUGGGAGUUACUGGACAACCGAAGAAACCAGUCAACAUAGCACCACGCACUACCACCACCAGCACCAGUUCGCUGCAGCACAGCACCGUUGGCAGCAAUAGUAUUGAUGCAAUUGCAGCCAAGGCGGCGGCUGUUACGGCGAGCAGCAGUAGCACCACGAUGGUUAGCUUCAAUCACCUUCAGGCAACGUCCUCCUCGACGUCCUCGCUAGUGACGGCUGCUUCCUCUGCUACUACCACCUAUCAACACCAGCACCACCUGCAUCAUCAGCAAAUGGCUGCCGCUAGCAAUACUACGCUUACGAUGAAGAGCGAAGCGAAGCUAGUGCAAUCGCAGCAACCAUCGGUCGCGGCAACACCAGGCGGUACAGGGGCCGUACUGCUGACGGCUAUUCGGUUGCCAACGGGCAAUGGGACCCCAGUAAGCUCCGCUGCGUCUACCAUAACAACGCUCGGAACGUCAACUGCUGGACCACAGUACAAACCCAUCGCACCCCAACCGCAACCAACCGGUGGAAAUUCGUUGAAGAGUGGAAACAGUGGCACUUCGAUUGCUUCCAAGCUGAUGCCGCAACCGUCACAACCGAACCCCCCAACGGCCGUUUAUCAAUUUCAUCAACAAUCGUCAGCAGGAGCAGCAGCAACGAUGGCAGCCGGUACGCUGCCCGGUCCUGCUGCCAUGCAAUCGAUCGGUCAGCUUCCGAAUCUGGUGCAGAUCACGAACGUGCUGCCGAUGGCAGCGAGCAAAUCAUCAGCCAACAGCUCGGCAACGACCAAUGCUGCCAAUAUGUUGGUAGCUACGAACGGAGGGUUGGCUGCAGCGCGGCCAGCAACACAUGCCGGUAACCACCAUACCGGAGCCACUACGACCACCGUAGCGCCACCGCCACAACUCUACAUGAACGCCACGAUCAUCAAGUUUCAGCAGCAUCAGCAGCAAGCUGCGGCAGCGGCAGCCGUUGCCGCUCAACAGCAGGCGAUGGCAGCGGUGGCCAAUUCCCUUGCUACCGGAAACCAUCAGCAGCAACAGCAACAACAGCAGCAGCAGCAGCAACAUCCUCACCAUCAGCAAAGCUUCACGCUGGAAGCGUCAGCAAUGAACAUGAACUUUGGUGGCAUGUUUGCUACGGCUAAACCGGCUUCUCCGACCACCACGCUUGUACCGUUUUCCUCUUGCCCGGUAACGGCUGCCCAGACGAAAGGUAUCACAGUGCAUUCGUCGCCAGCGCUCUAUCCGCAGGUGAACCAAGCGUUUGCACCUCAGCAACUCAUCAUGACCUCCAACGGUGGUGUCUUUGUCAAUACGGCCGCCUUUCCGAUCUUCAAUUCGCUGGUACCGGCCAGUCUGGCGACGCAGGCCACCAACAUUCCCGCGUUGCAUCCAUUGCAGCCGGCGACGACACAGGGGGCGGCGGGUCCGACAGCCGGCCCUUCGUCUGCGGCCGCCAAUCAGCUGUCGAACUAUUCAGCACUGAUGGCCGCAGUAGCAGCAGCUCAGCAGCAACAUCAGCAACAGCAGCAACACCAACAACAGCAGCAACAGUUCCAACAGCACGCACAGCACUCACUCCUGGCACUCACCACGAACCUCCAGUCGCAGGUAGCCGCAGCAGCUGCGGCAGCAGCGGCAGCGAAUUCGUCGGGUAAACUAAACACCGUAGCUUGUCAGCCUGCGACUACCCAGCCCCAGGCUAUCCUACCCUCGCCACAGUACGUCCCGAUCUCCUCGACAGCACUGUACGCCGCGGCCGCAGCAGCAGCAGCAGCUGCUGCAACAAAUUCAGGACAAGGAACAGCGACAUUGCCACAAUUACCGUCAGCACAUACAACGCAAACAUUCGUAUCAUCGGGAGCGACACCUCACCAUAACCUUACCACAACGAGUGUCGUGUCUACAACCUGCCAGGGUGCUCAGGUUGCUAACAGUGGUACCACGACACUAGCCGCUGCCAUCCAGUCACUGUCGCCACCGCCGCUCGUUGCCACGGUGCCAGCGUACGCGACUGCUAACACUGCCAGCAAAGCACCACUCCAGAAAGUGGCCACAGUCGCUAGUGAACCUCCCGGAUUGGUACCGGUACAGAUACCGUCAUCGCACAACAAAACACCAUCGACAGUAGCAGCAGCGGUGGCCUCCAAGACGAUGCCAAAGUUAGUUCGCCGUAGCUCGACAACGGCAGCAAUAGCUUCUUCUACAUCGGCCACCGUACGUUCAUCGGCACCAUUGACCGUAGCAAGCAGUUCCGGUGGGCGUACUAAUGGUUCUACGCAAACACCACCAUCAAUUAAUGCAGGUGGAGUAGCCGGAACAGCAGUGGUCCAAUCUGAAACGCAGCAUAUCACCAGCAACGGCAGCAGCAGCAGCAGCAGCAGCAAAUCAUCACCGGCAAUGACCACCGCUCUAUCGCUCGAUUGUGGCAGCAGCAACGAUAGCGGUAUUGUGGCCAAUUCGAGUGACAGUGAGGAUAAGUCGUUAACGAUCGAUCUCUGUUCACCGGGAUCGCCGGAUUCCGGGGCACCACCUCCGGUGAAGAAGGCUCUCCACCAUCAUCACCAUCAUCAUCGCCGGCGAAGCCUCAAGGACGAUGACUCACCAAUGAUGCAUCCCUCGCAAUCGCCAACCCUCUCUUCCGCUUCGUCCAUAUCGGAUGAUUCCGAGGAUCAGCUAGAACCGGCACCAUCGUCACAACCGAAGCCGAAGCCGGCAUCAUUAGCGGGAUCUUCGUCUGCAUCGGCUCCAUCGCCUCCACCGUUGCGAUUACUGUCCGAUGUGGCAGUAGCAGCAGCGGAAGCGGAAGCCGCUUUCCAGCAACCAUCGACGGCUGCGGUACUCUCAUCACUACCACCACCAGCGGCAGCAGCACCGCCAUCAACUCCGGCCUCUGCAGUAGUAGCUGCAACAACAUUAACCGCACUAUCGCUGUCGUCAUCCACCGUUACCGGGACCGGAUCGGGUUCGUCGUGCCAGAAGUCACCGAAAAGUACGGUCCUGGAGCUGAUCCGAGCCAAACAAUCGAUGAUGGAUAUCGAUGAUCAGCUGGCACCCUCGGAACAGCCAAUGUCGGUGGCCUCGUCCUCGUCAUCGAACGAUCUGCUGGAUGAUGGUGCCAGUAUCUCUCGUAGUGGCAGUGGCGAUGGUGCUGCUGGUGCUGCUGAAGAUCAGCUGCAGCAAUCAACGUCUUACCCCAGCAUCGAUAUGGAUCUGCAGGCGGGCAUGGAUGCAGCAUCGACCAGUGCCCUGAGUCCGAUUCUUUCGCAACCGAAAACGAUCCGCUUCCCAGUGUCGUCCGGUACAACCGUACCGCACCAUCACUUUGGUCGCAAGGGCUUCCGGCGGUCUGGUGAUGGGCGGCUGUACGGUGCCUGCUAUUGGCGCGACUGUGAGGCCAAGUUCGACAGUGCAUCCCAGCUGCUGGAUCAUCUGCAAGCGGCGCACGUUAACACGCAGAAGGAAUCGUACCGGUGUCUGUGGGUUGGCUGCAAGGUGCACAACAAGGAGUGCACUAAGUUCAACUGGCUCGAAAAGCAUGUGCUGUCGCACGGGGGUUCCAAACUGCACAAGUGCAUCGUCCCCGGGUGCGGCAUGCGUUUCGCUACGCAGGCCGCAUUGGAGAAGCAUGUGAAUGGACACUUUGCCAGUACGGACGGUGCUAGUACGAGCAAACGAUCGUCAACCGAUGUACCGAUGUCGAAGGUGCUCCGAAAGGCGGGCAAAAAGGUUCGCUAUCGUCGUCAACCGGUUUCAGCACGUCGAUCCGAUUUCUUCGAUUCCGGGAUAAUGGAGGGUCUGCAGCAUCGCCUGAUGCGUAUAGGAAGCGUCGCCAGUGGUCCGCAAGGGAAAUUGCUGUUCCGGGGACGUCAGAUGGCACGCCGUAAGCCAAACGGCAAAGCGGCGGAAGUGCUAAUUCGCUGGUUUCCCGCUGAGAUCAUACCCGAUGAGUGGCUCCCAGAGGCAAAUGUACAGCUCGAGAAGCAGGUUGAUGUGCAUCAGCUUACGCAUGAGCAGCAAAAUAAUCUGCUGGAUUACCUGAAAAACGAUCGGCUCAGUACGAAACCAAUGUUGGACAACAAUCCGCACGUGGCCCUUCACCAGUACAGUCUGAUGUUGCAAAAGGAACAAUCAGCACCGGCUAGCAACAGCACUCGUAUGGGCAUAGGCAGCAGUAGCAGCAGCAGUAGCAGUAUCAGCAGCAGUCGUAGUGGCAGCAAUUCUAACCUCAGCAGCAAUACCUGGAACAGCGUUAGCUCCUCGGCGCUAAGCACUCGCCUAUCCGCGAGUAGCGCUAUCUUCCGAUUAGCGCCGAAACAACAGCGGAAGCCCCAACGACAGCAGAUGACCACAGAGCAACAGCAGCAGCGUGGUGACGGUGGAUCAUCCGCCUCGUGUCAGUCAACUUCAACAAAGGAUGACAACACUUCCAGUGGCAAAACGGAUUUUUCGGCCCUCUUCUCGACCUCUCUUACCUCGCUUCCUUCGUCGGCCAGUGGAUCUCAGGCUUCCUUUGAGGCUUCGAGAGCGAGCAACAGCCGGAGCAGCAGCACGAAUCCGCCUGCUGGAGGAAGUUGCGGAUCGAUGCAGGUCUCUUCGUCCGUGUCAUUCCCCUCUUCCUCUCCUUCUUUGUCUUUCUCUACCUCUUCGUCGAUGUCAUCAUCAGCAUCGUCCUCAUCGUCAUCUUCCUGCUCUUCCGUAUCUGCACCGCGGCGGGAUACCGUUCCGGUGACGCUCACCGCAGCACCUGCCGUUGUUACACGCACCUUGGUGACAGCGGUGCCAGCCGCUAGUGCAUCUGCUUCCUGACCUUGCAGGAUUAAAAAGGGCAACGGAGCGGUUGGAUCAUCAUUAUACGAGCAGCUCAGCGAGUCACAUAUGAAGCAACCGGUACCAACGCCACUGAAGAAGCGCACGUGUGCCCGGGCAGUAUCUGCCAAUCGUCCCGAUUCAUCAAAGACGAUGCCUCAAGGACGGAAUCGUCGUGCCGCCGUUGCAUCAGUAGCCGGCAUUAACUUGCGCCAGAGAUCGAAUUAACUGAUCGAUCGACCGACCGCCGUGAAAGCCGCCGGCGGUUUUAUUUUCUUAUCCCCGGAAGUGGUACGAUAGAGGUGGCUGAUGCCUUGUUCAAGUCAGAAGCAGAGUUGACAUGUAGAUAUAGAUUAAGCAGUGAUUCAUACAAAUGAAAUGGAAACCAAAACUGUGUAGUAAGGAGAGCGGACAACAUAAUAGAGAAGGAAUGCCACAAUAGAUCCUUUUCCGGGGGAGUCUAUUGUAAAAUACACAUCUAUAUUAGCUUUUUUGUCCCUUUAUUAUCAACCUAAAUUGUGCUAGAUUCAUGUAAGGUACGUUAGAUAAUGUGUGUAGUAGUAUGAAAAGAACUAGAGAGAGUAAAAGAGGGAGAGAGAAAUCGAGAGAGAGAGAGAGAAAGAAGUGAGAGAGAGGGAUAGAACAAAGGAGUGCAACACAUGAUGUGCACUAUGUCGAACGGAGGUAUUCUGCAUUUAGUAAAAUAUUUUGGUAAUGCGUUUUUGUCACUGAAAAUCGCUUUGUUGCGAUCAACAAAAACCAUUAAACCCGUUUUAUUGAAAUUUGGUUUUACAUUUUCAAUCAUCAUUCGGAUCGUUUAGUUAAAAUACCGCUCUUGUCGGAAGCAGUAGCAGCAUUUCGAGGGCUUAGAGUUAUUUUCUUACAUUUUAUUUAGAUAAAAUAAUUAUUGUAGACAGAUAUCGUUUAGAAAGUAUGACAGCAAAAUUGAUUAUGCGAACGAAAUAUGCUGUGAAAUGAAGCCAGAAACCGGUGGUCGGAGUAACAAAGGGAAACAAAAUUAUUUCAAAUGCCGUUGAUCUCAUUUGUAGCGUAUAGAAUGGAAAAGCGAGAACUCGAACGUGCCCUCUCUCCGCCCGGUGAAGUCGAACAAUGCAAUCAGGAAACCAGGAUCCGCAGAAGUGCUUAUCGGGACUGUGGCGUCGGGUAGCGUAGAAAGGGUGCUGCAGUAUGUGCAGCUGGCGUUCGGCUUUCGUUCACACGGAAUGAAUGUGACAUAUAUGAUGAAAUGAUGUAUAAUACGUGGUAACAUUGUGUGAGACUAAACUCUCUAAUAUUUUAUAAAUGCACACUCAAACAUACAUACCUACCAUAACACAAACGAACCGUACUGCCCCGUAUAUGCUCCUCUGAAGUCUGCGUAUGUGGGUCCUCGAACAAGCCUAUCCCAAUUAGUAUCAUCAGCGAUGCGCGGAGGCUGAAAGACUGAAAAUGACACGUAUUUCUUUUAUUAAAAAAAACUUGAUGAAACACUUGAGGAGAAAACUGACGGAAGGAUCUAAUGAAACACAUUAACUGAAGUUAAGCGAUAAUUAAGGAGUAACAGAAGAGGAAUUAAGGAGUACGAUAAAAAGUAAAACCCCCGCAUAUUCGUGACCGAUGUAGGGAUAGGUAUGCGGCUUUGCAAGCAAGAGAGGAACUGUUUGUGUUUAAUUUUUGUCUGUCGCUCAGCCCUGGUUUAGCUUAUUAACUAUCCCAAAAUUUUGUUUAGAAAAUUCCCCUUAAAACAACCCACCACAUAUGAGCGCCAACGCCUGCUCUUGAUAUUUUCUGCAAACGGUGCAACGGUUGUGCCCGAACAGCUCGACGUUUGCGGUAACUGCACAUGAAUAGAAUUAUUUAUUCGCGCGCAAAGUUUAUGACCACUGCCAAAAAAUGAAAACAUGACUGAUAAAACGAAAUAACGUCGGGAACGAAGAACGAAUGCACUAACCGGAGGUAUGCUACAUGACGAUUGGGCGAUAGUAACACAAGGAAAGGGACUGAAUUUCGCACUCUCAUGGCGUUGUCUUACCUUCCGAUAGGUAAAGCUAAAAGAGGAGACAAGAAGUCAUUUAUAAGAUGUACGUACCAUAAAACGAUGAAAAAUGGCACAAAAAGCUCUAGGGAGACACCUAAAUCAAAAAGCAGCAAUCCAAAUCAUUUUCGGCAUCGGUUAAUCAAAAUUUAUGGGUAAUAUUUUGAAAAUUUUAUAACAAAGAUAGAAAAUAAUCCUAGCAGUCGUGUGGCACUUCAGCAGCCUGUUUCGUCUGUUCAGAUAGUCAGUAACGUUCAAAUUCCCUUUCGAAGCCCGACACUGCCAGCUUGGAUCUCGGUUCCUUGGAUGGUUGCAAUAGCAGCGGUGAAUGUGCUCGUCUUACUUGAUUCAAAAUCAACACUGCCAAUCAUCUACUGUCCUUUAUUGCUUCCUGUUACAACCGUUAGAAGAUACGGUACCGAUCUCGGUAUCUAUCUGUAUAGUAAAGUACAAAAAUUAAAUUUUCUUCGGUUUGGACUUUGCUACCAUUCAAUCCAAUCCAACACCAUCUUACUUUAAUUUAGUUUUAUCUUCAACCCAUUUGUUUCAAUACGUGUUCAAUGCGGUCUCUUGCGCUGGUCACAUGCGAUUGGUGCUUCCUGUAAUGACUCGAAAGACUUAAAUGAUGCGCCAAGGAACGUUCGAAAUUAGAUGAAUAAUGAAACUAUUUUUAUCUGCCUGCCAGCUGAUCAAUGUGAUCAGUUCCCUUUCUUUUAUGCCUGGUGCUUUCGGUGUUUUUUGUUUUUUUUACGAGAGAAAGACAAAAGAUUACACAGAUAAAGCGAGUCGAUGAUAUGUGUGGUGUUCUUAAGAUGUAUCGAAUGUGUUCGGCACACGUUUCGUUCGGUGGAUUAUUUCGUUAGAAAUUUACGUUUUGGACUGAUUUUUAUAAAAUAAUUCUUUCAUUCUAAAGAUUAAACAUUUAAAUCAAAUGGAAAAUCCAAACGCUCAAGUCAGCUUAACACUGCUGCGCAACAUGCGUCGAUGUUUCGGCACGAAGCGGUUACCGAUGCGCUCCUCUUCAGUGGUGCGUACCGCCGGAAAGCGACGCACGGAUUGUAAUAAUGGAAGCUUUCAUUUUCGUAAAGCAUUUAAGCAAAUUAAUUCCUCUACCCCCCUUUUGUCGCUCUGCCGCAAGCAACAACUCUUCCAGCAGUACGAAGGCGACCAACGUUUUCUCUCUCGCUCUCUUUCCUCUCUCUCUCGUUUGAGCAGAAGGAUGUGGUGCAGACCGAAGGAGGAAUAGUGAGAUUUCUUAUUUAUAGUGCUAGUAAAAUUUUAAAGAUGUUCGUCUUCAUGCUCCUUUUGUGGUAUAUCUCUAGCAUUUAGCAACCACCUGCCCAACAUUUUCCAACAUUUUUACAGUAGCGAUCGAAAUCCGGUCGAAGCCGAAACGGGCAAAUUUUAAGCAUAGCCUGCUAGGUAUUGUGUGGCACCCUCUAUUGUUACAAUAGAUUCCGUUAGUUUCGGUUUAGCAAGAAGGAACAGUUGUCACUCCGGCUCGAAAUACAAGAUUGCAGCUGCUUUUGUGUACCUUAGUUAUGUAAUUUUUUUUAUAAAACAUGUUUUUUUUAACAUCGAAGUUCCCAUUUUUCUCCAUCCCCAGAUUAUCGUUAAGUUAUUAUCUAAGCCAUGCGAUUACAACGUAAGGACCUUCAAAUAGACAUAACUUAUCAGCUAACGUCCUAUGAGAUAAUAAUGUGUGCUCGUCUUUCGCCAAAAGAAGAUGAUUACCGCAUAAGAAACGCUGCCAGGCUGUCGAAUGCCUACUUUGUAUUGAUGUGUUUAGUAGCUAUAAUUUCGAUCGCUUCAAUGGACGAACCGCCGCGCAACUACUACUUACCCCUUAAGAUAUAGCAAAAACCGGCCGGUGUCCGGGCAUUGCGUUAGACAAAAUUAGGCUCGAUAACCCGGUUCCCGAUGAGUGAUCUUUUUCAUGUAACGUUUUAAUUUUUCGCAACAGUACGGAACACUCUGCCAGGAAUGGAGAGGCCAGCGGUUGGCCGAAAUAUUGAAAAAAGCAAUUAAAACACCAACUACUUGGAUUGAUUGACAAAAGAAAUCGAAUGGUUUUGUUUAUUUUUUUGUGGUUUAAUUUACUGCUCUACUUUAUAUGCUGACUGUUCUCCUUUCGUUGUUUUUUUCUGUUGUUCAUUGACUGGUAAAUCGAUGGAUUCAUUGGCUCAUUUAAGUUGUAUUUUUUCAUUUCUUUUUUCAGAUUUUUUGUCCAGUUAAAUAUCGUAUUUCAUAUUAUUUCCGUCGUAUUUUCCAUCACUGCCCACAUCUGCUGCACUGAGAGCAACCCGCAUCCAAGCUGGGAGUCAGUCCCCUCUCCCACCCUU